AUGGCUUCUUUCAUCCCUCUCAUUAACGACCUACUACCCAUGAUCAUUCCUUCGUCGGUGUCCGUCACCAAAGCGAGCGCCCUCCGCCCUUCUGGUGCGACUCUUCAACCCGGUUCUGCCAACGAGGCAGAUGCCGUUGUUAGCAAAAGCGAUAAGCUCUGCGCAUCGGUCCUCACUCUCAACGCACACGCGACAUCGGCCAUCCGUCAUCAUGGCGAACAAGAUACCAUCGUUUACGUGGCUUCCGGAACUGGUCUUUUGCUUGUCAGCCCUGGAGCAGGGCAAGACGUUAAGCGGCAUGAGAUGUCCACUGGCGAUUUUGCUUUUAUCCCGUCAUGGACGGAGCAUCAGAUGCUCAAUGAGUCUGACGAUGAUGCUGUGUGGGUUAUCACCCGCAGCGGUUCACAGCCUGUCAAUGUGGGCUUGACGGACUGGGGAGGUGAUGAAGCCAAGUAA